AUGUUGCGCUGGGGAAUUCUUGGUACUAGCUUCAUCUCCGACACGGUGGUCAAGUCGAUUCUCGCUAGCCCCGGUUCACGCAUAACUGCCGUCUUCGGACGCAAUGAAGCCCGUCUCGAGGCUUUUGCCGCAAAGUACAACAUCGCCGCCAAAUAUCAGGACCUGGAAGCUCUGAUUGACGAUGCCGAGGUCGAUGUCGUCUAUGUCGGCUUGCCUAGCCAUAUGCACUCUUCCGCGGUGAUUGCUGCCGCCAAGAGGGGUAAGGCCAUUCUCUCGGAGAAGUCUCUCGCAACAACCAUGGAGGACUCCCAUGCGAUGAUUGCAGCUGUGAAGGAGGCGAACGUUUUCUUUCUUGAGGGACUCAUGUACCUCAGUCACCCUCUGAUGGAGAAGGUUGCCUCCAUUGUUCAGUCCGGUGUUCUCGGCUCAAUCAAGGGCAUGUCGGGUUACUACGCCGCCAACAUCUGGAAGAAGGCCAAUCCUUUGGGUAUGGGUACCAUUUACAACCUGGGAUGCUACCCAGUUUCCCUUGUGCACUUCAUCAUGGAGACUGCGUUUGGACCUGAGGCGUUUGAAAAGAGACAGGUUACUGGUAUGGGCAAUUUGUCCAACGAGGGCAGUCUGCAUGCCCGUGACGCUUCCCUCAAUGUCCGGUUCGGCAAUGGCGUCUUGGCUACAGUCCAGUCAACCGAUAGCUUUGGUAACGACUUUUCCUUUUCUAUUCAAGGCGACAAGGGUGUUCUGCGAUUUAGGACAAAUCCCUGGCUGCCACUGGCAGGCGACAACAUUAUCGAGAUUAAGACCUAUGGUGGUGCUACGGAGGAGAUCAUUGUUCCAGCCCAGAUGGAUGCUUUCGGACAUCAGGUGAAGCGUGUAGAAGAUUGCAUCGCCCAGGGUCUCAAGGAGGCUCCGAGGCCAUCGCCAAGCUGGUCCAAUUCAGUUUCAAUUAUGGGCUUACUCACGGAGUGGGAGAAAGACAUUUUGGAUCGAAAGGUUUAG